AGAAAAGCGGGCUGGGGCGACGGUGAACGCAAAGCUUUUUAAUUAGUAAUAAAAUGCAAUAAAACGAAGCAAAACCAGCCAGAUCCUCGUCGGAACUGUCGGCGCGUUUGCCCCCACAUCCAAGGAAGUCGCGAGGACAAACGCAGCCGCCACUCCAUCUUCGGCCCAGGCUGGGGCGGGAGCAGCAGAGCGACGCGACCAGGGGAAGGGUGGGGGGGACAGUCAUCUCGCCUCCGGGGCCACCUGGGUCCUUUUAAAGUGUCCGGGGUGCGGGCCCCGGGCGGGAGCGCGGAGCACGGAAUGUUUUCUUAAAGGGCCAGUUCCGAGCUACGCUGCGAGGGGGGGGGAGGGGGCGGGGGGAGAGAUAAGUGAGGGGAAGACCGGGAAGGCAGAGGAGAGCCCCCCAAUCCCGCGCCGAGGCGGCGGCGGCGGCGGCGGCGGCGCGACGAUGAGGAUGAUGAAUACAUUGCAAAGUUUUUUUGGCCCCGGCGAGGGGUGUCAGAUUGAGUGCUCUGUGCGCAUGUGCGAAGGUGUCCAAACUGACAAUGCUGGGGAGAUGAAGAUAGUGUGUAGCUGCUUCUGGACUCAAGGAGGAGGAGAGAGAUUCCGCGAGCCGACACCAUGCGAUCCAAGGCGAGGGCGAGGAAGCUAGCCAAAAGUGACGGCGACAUUGUAAAUAAUAUGUAUGAGCCUGACCCGGACCUGCUGGCUGGCGAGAGUGCCGAGGACGAGACCGAGGAGAGCAUCAUGUCCCCCAUCCCCAUGGGGCCGCCGUCCCCCUUCCCCACCAGCGAGGACUUCACCCCCAAGGAGGGCUCGCCGUACGAGGCCCCUGUCUACAUUCCUGAGGACAUUCCCAUCCCUCCAGACUUUGAGCUCCGAGAGUCCUCCAUCCCAGGGGCCGGCCUGGGGAUCUGGGCCAAGAAGAAGAUGGAAAUCGGGGAGAGGUUUGGCCCUUACAUGGUGGCGCCCCAGGCCACGUUGAAGGAGGCAGGCUUUGGAUGGGAGCAAAUGCUGACUGAUGCGGAAGUGUCGACACAGGAGGGCUGCAUCCAAAAGAUCUCCGAAGACCUGGGCAGUGAGAAGUUCUGUGUGGAUGCUAAUCAGGCCGGGGCUGGCAGCUGGCUCAAGUACAUCCGUGUGGCAUGCUCCUGCGAUGACCAGAACCUCACCAUGUGUCAGAUCAACGAGCAGAUUUAUUAUAAAGUCAUUAAGGACAUUGAGCCAGGAGAAGAGCUGCUGGUGCAUGUGAAGGAAGGUGCCUACUCGCUGGGGACGGUGCCCCCCAAUCUGGAUGAGGAGCCCACGUUCCGCUGUGACAUGUGUGAUGAGCUCUUCCAGUCCAAGCUGGACCUGCGGCGUCACAAGAAGUACGCAUGCAGCUCGGUGGGGGCCGCGCUCUACCAGGGCCUGGGCGAGGAGCUCAAGCCGGAGGGCGUGGGUGGCACGGGCAGCGACGGGCAGGCCCACGAGUGCAAGGACUGCGAGCGGAUGUUCCCGAACAAGUACAGCUUGGAGCAGCACAUGAUCGUGCACACAGAGGAGCGAGAGUACAAGUGUGACCAGUGUCCCAAGGCCUUCAACUGGAAGUCCAACCUCAUCCGCCACCAGAUGUCCCACGACAGCGGCAAGCGCUUCGAAUGUGAAAACUGCGUGAAGGUGUUCACGGACCCCAGCAACCUGCAGCGGCACAUCCGCUCCCAGCACGUGGGCGCGCGGGCGCACGCCUGCCCCGACUGCGGGAAGACCUUCGCCACAUCCUCGGGCCUCAAGCAGCACAAGCAUAUCCACAGCACCGUCAAGCCUUUCAUAUGUGAGGUCUGCCACAAAUCCUACACGCAGUUCUCCAACCUGUGCCGGCACAAGCGGAUGCACGCCGACUGCCGCACGCAGAUCAAGUGCAAGGACUGUGGGCAGAUGUUCAGCACUACCUCCUCCCUCAACAAGCACCGGCGCUUCUGCGAGGGCAAGAACCAUUACCCGCCAGGCGGCAUCUUCGCCCCGGGCCUGCCCCUCACCCCCAGCCCCAUGAUGGACAAGGCCAAGCCCCCUCCCAACCUCAACCACGCCAGCCUGGGCUUCAAUGAGUACUUCCCCUCCAGGCCGCACCCAGGGAGCCUGCCCUUCUCCGCGGCGCCCCCGGCGUUCCCCGCGCUCACCCCCGGCUUCCCGGGCAUCUUCCCUCCGUCCCUGUACCCCCGGCCGCCCCUGCUACCUCCCACGCCGCUGCUCAAGAGCCCCCUGAACCACACCCAGGAUGCCAAGCUCCCCAGCCCCCUGGGGAACCCGGCCCUACCCCUCGUCUCCGCCGUCGGCAACAGCGGCCAGGGCGCCACGGCAGCCUCGGGGCCCGAGGAGAAGUUCGAGAGCCGCCUCGAGGACUCAUACGCCGAGAAGCUCAAGACCCGGAGCAGCGACAUGUCGGACGGCAGCGACUUCGAGGACGUCAACACCACGACGGGGACCGACCUGGACACGACCACAGGGACGGGCUCGGACCUGGACAGCGACGUGGACAGCGACCGCGACAAGGCCAAGGCCAAGGGCAAGGCGGCCGAGGGCAAGGCCGAGUGUGGGGGCGGCACAGCUCCCCCGGGGGCCCCGAACAGCGUGGGCGAGGUGCCCCUCUUCUGUUCCCAGCACUCCUUCUUCCCGCCACCCGACGAGCAGCUGCUGACGGCGUCGGGGGCCGCGGGCGACUCCAUCAAGGCCAUCGCCUCCAUCGCGGAGAAGUACUUCGGGCCCGGCUUCGUGGGCAUGCAGGAGAAGAAGCUGGGCGCGCUGCCCUACCACUCCGUGUUCCCCUUCCAGCUCCUGCCCAACUUCCCCCACGCCCUCUACCCCUUCACGGACCGCACACUCACCCACAACUUGCUGGUCAAGGCUGAGCCAAAGUCACCCCGGGAUGCCCUCAAGGUGGGCGGCCCCAGUGCCGAGUCCCCCUUUGACCUCACCACCAAACCAAAAGAGGCCAAGCCCAUCCUGCCCGUGCCCAAGGUGCCCCCGGCGCCCGCAUCUGGAGAGGAGCAGCCGCUGGACCUGAGCAUCGGCAGCCGCGUCCGAGCCAGCCAGAACGGAGGGGGCCGGGAGCCCCGCAAGAACCACGUGUAUGGCGAGCGCAGGCUGGGUGCCGGUGAGGGGCUGCCCAAGGUGUGCCCGGCGCAGCUGCCCCAGCAGCCGUCGCUGCACUACGCCAAGCCGUCGCCCUUCUUCAUGGACCCCAUCUACAGCAGGGUGGAGAAGCGGAAGGUGACAGACCCCGUGGGAGUCCUGAAGGAGAAGUACCUGCGGCCGUCCCCGCUGCUCUUCCACCCCCAGAUGUCAGCCAUCGAGACCAUGACAGAGAAGCUGGAAAGCUUCGCGGCCCUGAAGGCGGACUCGGGCAGCUCCCUGCAGCCCCUUCCCCACCACCCCUUCAACUUCCGGUCCCCGCCCCCGACGCUCUCGGACCCCAUCCUCAGGAAGGGCAAGGAGCGAUACACGUGCAGGUACUGUGGCAAGAUCUUCCCCCGAUCAGCAAACCUCACGAGACACCUGAGGACGCACACCGGGGAGCAGCCGUACAGGUGUAAGUACUGCGACCGCUCCUUCAGCAUCUCCUCCAACCUUCAGCGGCAUGUCCGGAACAUUCACAACAAGGAGAAGCCAUUCAAAUGUCACCUGUGUAACCGGUGCUUCGGGCAGCAGACCAACCUGGACAGACACCUCAAGAAGCACGAACACGAGCAUGUGCCAGUGAGCCAGCACGCCGGGGUCCUCACGAACCACCUGGGGACCAGCGCCUCCUCUCCCACCUCCGAGUCGGACAACCACGCACUUUUAGACGAGAAAGAAGACUCCUAUUUCUCUGAAAUCAGAAACUUUAUUGCCAAUAGUGAGAUGAACCAAGCGUCAACGCGAACAGACAAACGGCCAGAAGUCCAGGACCUGGACGGCAGCUCCCAGUGUCCAGGCUUGGCCAGCGGGAAGCCAGAGGAUGAAGAGGAGGAGGAGGAGGAGCUGGAGGAGGACGAUGACGACAGUCUGGCGGGGAAGUCCCAGGACGACACUGUGUCCCCCACGCCUGAGCCCCAGGGUGCCUACGAGGACGAGGACGAGGAGCCUCCCACCUCCCUGGCUGUGGGCUUCGACCACACCCGAAGGUGUGUUGAGGAGCAGCCGAGCGGUCUGUUAGCUUUGGAGCCCGUGCCGACUUUUGGGAAGGGGCUGGAUCUCCGCAGAGCAGCUGAGGAAGCGUUUGAAGUUAAAGAUGUGCUUAAUUCCACCCUAGAUUCUGAGGCUUUAAAACAGACCCUGUACAGGCAGGCUAAGAACCAGGCGUAUGCAAUGAUGCUGUCCCUUUCGGAGGAUGCUCCUCUCCAUACCUCCUCCCAGAGCCCUCUGGACGCUUGGUUGAACAUCUCGGGAGCCACACCGGAGUCCGGAGCCUUUAACCCCAUCAACCACCUCUGACCAGCCCAGGAGGGGCUGGGGUCAGAGUCCAAGCAAGGCGACCGCAGGGCCCCCCACAUCCCAACAGAAAUCCCAGCUUCGGAAGAUGGAGGCGAGAGCCUCAGGGAGCCGGCACGCCUGGGCCAGGGAGACCCCCUUGUCACCUGCUUUUGACCACUCCUCAGUGUCUGUCCCCACCCCCCCCAUGGUUCAAUUCUGACUUUUCCAAUGAAAACUCAGAGCCGGGAAGUCCCUGAAUCGGUCACUGAGUUUCACCGUCUCUAAGACUUGGUCUUGAGAACAGCGUUUGGGAACAGCACAGAGCACAGCCUUCCCGCACGGCUCCAGGGCUGCCUCGCGGAACCACCCAGUGGGCGAGGGUGGGAUUUUAAUCCCAAACUGAAGCCGGUGGGCCACUCUGGGCACCGUGCAGCAUCUUGGAAUGGACAGACACAGUGCUCUCAAGGGGGAGAUGGCCCAAACGGUUUUUAUAAUGAAAAUUACGAGAAUAACCUUUUUGGUAAUCUUAUUGACAACAGAGUCUAUUUAAGCAUGUGGUUUUAAAAAAUAGACAGUAUUUUUUAAAAAAUCAACAAAUGACUUGCAAAUUGUUUUUUAAAAGUAAUUUUGCAUUGCUUUGAAAUCUCAGCUUAUUUGCAAACCCAAGCGUGCCUGAGAGCCGGCGCUAUGUUUGGGUGUGCUCUUUGUUCUGUAAAUAAUGGAGAAAUUUUCUAUCCCUGCCCGUAUUUGUAAAGCCAAGGUGAUUCCGGGUGCCUCCGAGGCAGAACCGAGGGGCAUGGGGUCCGCUCCUGUGGGCAGUUUCAGACUGUGCAGAGGAAUUCUAACAUAUGGUGUCCUGGGCUGGCCCAAGGCUGGGACUGGGAGAUGUGCCUGUCAUUGUGUGACGUGUGAUUCGUGGCCCCCACCAAGUCCCCCCAAUUGUAUGGGGAAGGUCGGAACGGUGGCUCUGGUCCCCAGUGCAGAGGUGGGCCAGGCACCUGAUGCUCCUGCCCCCAUGGUCUGUGCCUCGGCCACCCCACUGUUCGGAAGGCAAGGCCUGCUGGCCACGUCCGGAGGAUCUCCAGCCCCCACCCUCACUCACCCCAGUCAGAUGGCCAAAAGGAAGGAAGCAGGCACCCCUGUGGCUGCCGUCGGGGGCACGCCACGGUUCCCCUGCUCCUGGCCGCCAAGCUCUAGUGCGUCGGAGACCCCGGAUCCAGGACACAGCUGCCGCUUCCACUCUUCGCACAGGUCCUUGGCGGGCAGGACCCGGCUCCAGCACGGAAGGGCGUCCAGGCUGACCGAGCUGCCGCAAAGAGCGAAGACAGCCCGACCCACGGUCGGCGCCUCUUCGGACGGGUCUGCUUCUCCAUCGGGUGGGCUUAAAUUAUUUCCGUAGGGGCCAAUUUCAAAUAAUAAUGUUUUCCCUGAUGGAAUUUACCUUAAUCUGUAUAUAACUUGUAAUUUUUUCUAAUUCAUUUCUUUUCUUAUUUUAUUUCCUCCUUAACAGUAUUUUUGGCGUUAGACAUUCUUAUUGUGAAGAAAUAAUGUUAAUAUAAGUAUCCAGUGAAGGACCAAAACCGUGUAAUAAGGUUGUGUGUUGUGUGAUCGAUAACCAGGGAGUGGGGCGAUUUUUAAUGUGCCAAAUACCCCCGCGUCCCCCCCCAACGAAUCCUGCUGUCACUGCUGCCCGUUUUCCAGACAAUCAUGUGUUUUUGUUAAAUUUGAGUUUCAGUUGCAUUUAAGACAGGUGUUCUAUUUAUUUCUUGUAUUGUUUGGAAAAAAAAAAAAAAGAAUAACAGCGUCCCAACAAGAAGAGAAAAAAAUCGCCCAAGUUGCCCUUAAAAGGAAGAGUGUAAGUUUAAGUACAGACAGUGGCGGUGCCACCACAUCGUGUGGAUCGGGUCUCGUGGUGGACGUCUCGGCGUUCGCCCGGGGCGGCGGUAGGUGAUCUAGCAGGCGGGUGCCCCAGACGCACAGCCUGGUCGCUCCAGGCCAAAGACAGUCAUGUGCGAAGGCGCUGGGAGGUCCAGCCUCCCACUGGAGACCUGCGUGGGGAGGUCCCCGAGGGCACCACAAACCUGCGGAUCCCAGCGAACGGGCUUCACCUCUUUCUCAAACCCACACGAGGUAGUAGCAAGACUGAGAACCGCCCUGUGCCUGUGCCGAGGCCGCUUACACACGUGUGGAGGCAGGAAAGUCGUCCCUCUGGGGCAGCCAGGGAGAAGCUGCAUGAGGAAGAGCUGGUGUGGCCCAUCGAGGAGCAUUUGCAAACACAGCCACUCACACCUCCUCCCUCGGCCGGAGCCGCCAGGUGUGGUGUAAGGACUUCCAGUUUCCCUUCCGUCUAAAUGGGAUCCCUUUGAAAAGUCAACCUCAGAUACAAACACCCCGUUUCUGUAAACCCAAAUUAUAUGAUUUCUUCUGCUAAA